AAUCAGCAACACCAAUAUAACAAAAGAUAUCGUCUUGAGAAAGGUCGCUGAGAAAAAUUCAAAUUUGGUUUUCCAUCGUUUGCAACUUGAAUGGGGUGCCCAGUUCAACAAUACGUGCGCCCUGUACGUCAACGCUUCCAACGUGAAAAUCAACAAUAAGUAUUGGCAGGAACAAAACUAUCCCAACGAAAAUUUCUUACUUUUCGGCGCCUACUUUGACAACCGGAGGACUUUGAAAGACACCGGUCCCUUUGUCCGGAUUAUCGGAAUGCUGGACAAGAGGGAUUACUUCAGAAAUCUCUCCUGUCAAUUCUGGUUCGAGGGUGAAGACAAACCAACAUUUGGAAAUAUUACUGAGAAUUUUUAUUUGUGGAACAAAAUUUGGAACUACGAGGACGCCGAGCUGCACCCGUACAUAUUCAGCUGCAGAGUUCCUUUUAACGAUCGCGUACCUGAGUCCGUCUCGUUGGUGGCCCACCCCUGUGACAAUGCCACAAACAACCUGAGGGUCAAUUACAACCAACCUUUACUGGGAGAAAAACAAAAUUUCCUAGUUUGUGUGAAAGCUCUGAAUUUCAGAGAAAGGAUGGCCUUUUCAAUAAGGCUCAUUGAGUGGUUGGAAAUGCACAGAAUUUUGGGCGCUGAUAAAAUCGUCAUUUAUGAAUUGCAGGUCCAUCCCAACGUCUCUAAAGUGUUAGACUAUUAUGUGAAAUCUGGUUUUGUAGAUGUGAUCAAAACAUCAAUGCCUGAUUUUCACAGCAACAUUCAAUUCUUUCAUGAGGUCGUCCAGUACAAUGAUUGUCUUUACAAAUACAUGAACACGUACAACUUCAUCGUUCUUGUCGAUGUUGAUGAGGUGAUUUUGCCAUUGAGCACCAUCACAUGGCAUGACCUGAUUUACAAAAUAACCAUCCCGAAAGUAGCAAAUGUAAAACCACCACCCGCAGCCUUUGUGGCACGCAAUGUGUAUUUUGCUGACGACAAAGCCGAAUUACAGGAUUGGUACCCCGACAUUCCCAGAUAUAUGCGUGUGCUGCAGAAUGUGCAUCGUAGCAUGGAUCCCCAGCCUCCUGGAGACGGGGUCAAAUCGUUCCACAACCCGCAACUCGUGUUCGCCCUUCACAACCACCUGCCCAGGCAGUGCAUCGGGUACCCCAAUGGCUGGUGCCCGUUGCACAGAUUUGACUUGAAGGACGUGCACAUGCAGCACUACUGCGAUGGAAUAGAAAAGGACGAGUGCAAGUUGCAAAGAGGCGUCAAUUUAACGGUGGACACUUCAAUUUGGAAAUACAAAGACCGGCUGAUAAAAGCUACGAGGCAAAGGCUGAAAGAAAUUGGGUUCCUAUAAAAUUGGAACGGAAUUUUGUUUACUAAAAAAGCAAAAAAUACAAUUGUUUAAGAAA